UUACUCCUGUUCUGCAGUCUGGAUGUGUGGUAUUACUUGCGGGUAGUGGUUGUGCUGGUCAGGGCCUGGUUCCUCUCACCUGUAUUUGACAUCACAGCAGAGCAGACUGCUAGCGGACGAGUGGUUCUCCAUGACGUUGACCUUUGCCACAUGAACAAUGCACGCUACCUACGCGAGUGUGACUUUGCCCGUUUCUCUUUGUACACUCGCAAUGGGGUAUUCAAGGCUUUAAGAGCUCUAGGGGCCACCAUGGUCGUUGGGGCAUCUACCAUCCGCUAUAGACGGCCGCUGUGUGUCGGUGAGGCGUUUGAGAUUCGCAGUCGAAUCAUUACCUGGGAUGAGAAGUCGUUUUACCUGGAGCAGCGGUUUGUGUCUCGUAAAGAUGGGAUGGUGUCGGCUGUUAUGUUCUGCAAACAGAAUGUUCUGCGCAGCAGUCCGGACAAGAUCCUGCAAUACCUGUGCAAGAGAAAGGUGAGCAGCUUUUAA